GUCAAGCUCAAAGAAGCCUCGAGAUAUUUUGAGUAUUGAGCAGCAGCAACAACAGCAGCAAAGCUUGAAUCAACAAAAGACCCGAGAACAGGAGAAGAUGAAAACGAAUGAGGAACGUGUUGUGGAGCUUGUUCAAAAUGACCAAGAGGUUGUCCAUGAAAGAAUUAGGUUUGUUUGUUUUUUUCUAAGUUUUGGGCUUUUAAGCAACAAAUGCUUAUUGCUUGCAGUAGUUUUAUAUAUUCUUUAA